UCCUAUUCUCUGUCUCGGUGCUCGCGAUGGGUCGGCCACCGCUCGGCGGAGGCCCCGUCUUCCGCUUCACUCCGAAAGAGGUUUCUGAGAUGGAAAAAUACUUGCAAGAAUCGAACAACUUGUUGCCUGCUCGUGAGAUUAUGAUGUUUCUCGCUGAGAAGUUUAGUGCUUCUGCUGAUCGAGCUGGCAAAGUCGCUGUGCAACCGAAGCAGGUGUGGAAUUGGUUCCAAAAUAGGAGAUAUGCUAGGAAGGCGAGAUCAUCAAAGGGUUCCGAAAUGACAAGCUACUCGGUCAUGCCUCAUGAUGAUUCAGUUUCAACUGGAAAUGCUGCUCCUUCAGCUUCUGCUCCUUCAGCUUCUGCUCCUUCAGGGAAAAAUUCUUCAGAUGAAAGUCAAGUGGAGUUUGAGGCAAAGUCAUCUAGGGAUGGAGCGUGGUAUGACAUUCUAGCAUUCAUCUCCUACAGAAAGUCUGAAGCGGGUGAGGCGGAAGUAUGGGUUCGGUUUCUUGGCAUGGGGGAAGAAGAGGAUGAGUGGGUUAAUGUGCUUGAGAGUGUGAGACAACGGUCAGUUCCUUGUGAACCGACAGAAUGUGCAGUGGUACUACCUGGAGACCUCAUACUCUGUUUUCAGGAGGGCAAGGAACAAUCUCUUUAUUUCGACGCCCAUGUCCUUGAUGCACAGAGACGGAGACAUGAUUCACGUGGAUGUCGCUGCCGGUUCCUUGUCCGCUAUGACCAUGAUGGGUCUGAGGAAAUAGUCCCUCUGAGGAAAGUGUGCAGGCGGCCGGAAACUGAUUAUCGUCUGAAAGUAUUUCAUGAAAGAAUGGCUGAAGAUCAUAAACGGAAUGAUAUGGCUAGAGAUCCCUCUCAUGCAGGGCCAUCAAAUGCUGUGAACAUCGUUCCUGAGAAGCCCCUGAAACAGCCGAAACUGAUGAAUGUUAACACAGAGGAGGUGGUAGCGGUUCCUUCGACAUCUACUGCAGCGGGGAUCAAUUCAGCUCCAGAAGACCUGGGAAAUGAUGCUGGCAAGAAUGGUGCUGAUGAACCAAAAGAGGGGAAGAGCACUGCAAGUGGCUGAAUAGGAUAUAGGUGAAAAUCUUUAUUGAACUGAUUUAGCUCAGCUCAGUGAUGUAUGUAUAUAAUUUGGGUUUAGUUGUAGCUUGGUUGAUCUGGGAAAUGCUUUUAUAGCACGGACUGAAUGAAUAGGGUUUCUCUGUAAGGAUCCAUGCAAUGCUUCGGGGACAGUACAAUGAUGUGCUCUGUGGUGGCGCCGCCAAAUGUUUCUUUAUUCAAGUCUGCAUCAGAGGCCCUGGGUCUCCUUUUUAAUUUAA